GUUGUCUCCCCUCCCACCGCUGGUGAACACUGGAGGUGUGCGUGGCUGCCGCUGUGGCGACUGCGGCCGCGGCAGGAGCCGCGAGUCGGGGCCGCCCGGGUUGCGCGUCGCCAGGGCAGCGGCGGCGGCGGCACCGCCUGUGGCUCAGGAUGCGGCCGGGGGGCGCGCUGUUCGCCCUGCUCGCUAGCCUGCUGCUGCUGCUACGCCUGCUCUGGAGCUCGACCGAUGAGCCCGCCCGCCCCAGGCUUUUGGUGGAGGAAAGCAGGGUGCCCACCCACGGCACCCCCGCCGCGCUGAGAACGCUCAGGAGCCCGGCGACCUCGCUACCGCGCGCCACGAACAGCACCUACCUGGAUGAGAACUCACUCCGACUGACAGAGCAAUGCACUAAUCUGCAAGAUGGUUUUCAGACAUUAUCGAACAAGACCAAAAGGUAUUCAGAGGAUGACUAUCUUCAGAUUAUCACAAAUAUACAGAGCUGCCCAUGGAAACGACAAGUAGAAGAAUAUGAGAAUUUUAGAGCAGAACUUACUUCCUGUUGUGAUGCUGUUCAAAACCUCAUUGUUUCUCAAAAUAACACUCCAGUUGGGACCAACAUGAGUUACGAGGUGGAAAGUAAAAACAAAAUCCUAAUUAGAGAGAACAUUUUUAGUAUGUUUCCAGUGGUGAGUAAAGAUUUGUUAUAUGGGAACUUAAAGGAAAAGAAAGCAAUAUUUCUGGAGGACGUUGCAACCUAUGGAGACACAUUCCUUCUUCUGCCAGCAUUUUCCUUCAGGGCCAACACCGGUGCCUCUUUUAAAGUGUACAACACACUGAAAGAGUCUAACGCAAGACAAAAGGUUAUAUAUUUCCAUCCCAAGUACCUGAGAAAUCUUGCCCUUUUCUGGAGAACUAAAGGCGUGACAGAGUAUCGCCUGUCUUCCGGCUUGAUGAUCACAAGCAUGGCAGUUGAACUGUGUGAGCACGUGAAACUGUAUGGAUUUUGGCCCUUCUCUAAAACUGUACAGGACACGCCUGUCAGCCAUCACUACUAUGACAACAAUUUACCUAAACGCGGUUUCCAUGAGAUGCCCCAAGAAUAUAGCCAAAUUCUCCAGCUUCAUGUGAAAGGAAUCCUCAAAUUACAAUUUAGCAAAUGUGAAAUGGCCUAAGCAAAGUGUCUUAAGAUGGGAAUAGUUUUAAUGUAAUGCUGUCGAUGAGUAACAAUGUUUUCUGAAUACAAAGAGAGGCCACUGUAGGGGAUAACAGGAGAAGCCACAAAACUUGCUUUGAUCAAACUCCCCAUUAAGUAUGCAACCUUGGCGACUCAUUCCAUCGUUCUGAUCUUCAGUUUCCUUUCCUGUAAAAUGGGGAACGGGAUGCCUAACUCAUAUUAGGAAAAUAUGAUUACCUAUGAAAACUGUUAGCCAAGUAUUUGCAGGAGGCAGGGACUCAAGGAAGAUUUCCUUGUUGAUAUUUAUAACAACAUUUUUACCUUCACCAGACUUAUAAUAAAAGGCAUGCUGUCUUGGAAACCCUUGCUAGAGAAGACAGCAGAAUCUCCAGGAAUCAUGGGGAUUCUUUGUCUGGUAGGCCAAUUAUCCAUGAUAGCCUUCUCAUCCUGUCUUAAAGAGUACAUGUAAAAAAAUUAUGUACUUAAAAAAAAUUAUGUUCUUGGUUACAGGAAUGAAAUCUUUCUUUUUGUAUGGUAACGUGCCUGUUUCUGAUUACUUUCACUGUGUCAUUAGAUGUGAUGACUUGUGUUGGUUAGACUUUGGGCCAAUUCUUUUCCUCCUCUACCUAUAUUUUAAAAUUGCUCUUUGUAUUAACUUUCUGCCUCACUCUUAAGCCUUUUCCUCUCCCACUGACAGGAUCUACUUCAAGGAUGUGAAUGGUUACAAUACCCAGUUUUUCUUACCUGUUGUCUAUGGGCUCACUCAUUCAAUUUAUUUAUUCAGUUUUUAAAUUAUUGAAUGGCUACUUCAUAUCGACCCUGUAACAGGCUCUGGGAGAGGGAUUUAAGAUAAUUAAGUCCUGCAGGAGGAAACGGAUGUGUGUGUCAUCAACUAUGAUGUUGUAUGAUAAAUGUUAUUAUAGCAGUUAUGAAGAAAGCACUAUGAGGAACGGAGGCAGGAAUAAUUAAGUCUCUUUCGAUGGAAUCUAUUUCAGAGGUGAUUUCUGAAUUAAACCUAGAAGAUGAGUAAGGUUUUACCAAAUGAAGGAGAUUUUAGGGACAGGGAAUGUGAUAGUGGAAAAAGCUGUACCCUUGAUUCUAAUUCAUCAAAGUAAGGGUGUUUGAAGGUAGACAAUGGUCGUUGCCUCAAGAACUGCCACAUGAGGGGAUGGCAGCAUGUGAGGGUGCUAGCUUGGGCCCACAUGUGUGAAAUGGAAUGAUACCAACCUGACAGAUUUCAUAGGAAAGACGUGUGGAUUAAAACACACGAAACCUUAAUUCUCAUAAGGAGAAGUGUGUGUUCACAUGAGAAAUAAGACUAAUAAACAUCAAUCUAAAAUAAAGCUUGAGUGGGUAUUGAAUAUUAGCAUUUUCGCACCACUCCUUUCCAUUAUGAUGAUACCUGUUAAUACAGGUCAUCUCUGCAUCUCCUGAAUAAGUUAUUUGACUUCAAUAAGUAAUUGUGUGUGUACUUUCCUGCUCGUCUUUGUACCAUUACAAGGAGAGUGGAAAUAGGAGUGGGACAGACUGGGCAGCAUGCUGAAAUCAUUACAGGUGUAAUUCUGAAUUCUUACUUUAGCCAGAUUAUUGUUUUCCCAAAUGUUCCCUUAUAAGAACACUUGGCUGUGAAUUGUUUAUUUUGAUAAAGUACAUCUUUCAUUUGAUUGUAGUUGACAUUUGUGAUGCCAUCCUUAGUUCCUAUUUUCAUUUGUUUUUCUAGAGCAAAUGGAACCUAUUAGCUCCAUAAAUUGAUUAAAACUUCAUAUAUAAAUAUUUUCCAAAAGAAAACAUGCUUUUAGUUACAUAAAGCCUAAUUAAUUUUAUCUUUCUUUUUGUGGUAAUGAAUAAGUGGCUGAUUUUUUACUGCUUCUAAAGCAUUUAAUUAGCUUUAAAAGAAAUCUGCUAGCAGUAUUGGUAAUGUCUCUAUCAUGUUACUAGGAAUGGAUUAUUAAAAAUAGAUCAGAGCAUUUCAAUACUUUAUAGUUAGUAUAAUGUUUCCUUCAAAAUAUUUUCUGGUGAGUAAAAAAUUACACUUUUCUUUUUGCUGGUAUUGGAAAUAUAUGAUUGAUGACUAAAAGUAAUAGAAUGUACUGAAAUGAAUCAUUAAAUGUCAAU